GGCGACUUUACGACGCCUUAUCCGUAAUACUGAUGUCUACACUCUCACAUUUCUCUCAGAGCCGAUACUCGCUCAGUUAUGAGUGAAAGCACACACAUACCUCAAGAACUCGUCGAUAUCGUCAUAUCCAAUCUUCGCGACGACCUUCCUUCACUAAGAGCAUAUGCCCUCGUCUCUCAUUCUUUUCUUCCGUCUAGUCAGAAAGGCAUCUUCUCUUGCAUCGCAAGUGUUUGUCGUACCACCACCCUCUCGCAGUGGUCACACUUUCAAGAACCUUCUCAACUUGCUGUCAUCUUCUCCUGACAUCGCUUCCCUUAUCACUACUCUUGAACUCGUUGUCCAUGGCCGAGACCCCGAAUUGGUGCAAAUUGUACCGAAAUUGCCGUACAUGACAUCAGUCAAACGCUUCCGCCUUUCUCACACCUGCGAGCUUUUUGACUGGUGCUACUUUCCACCUCACGUUCAAGAUGUCCUUGUCAAGUACUGGCAGACGUCCCAGAUCGUGGACUUCGAACUCGAAAAUAUUUGUUUCAUCGCCUUUGAAGGGAAGACCCGGCUCAGACCGGAUCAAUGGGGAGCUCUGAAGCGUCUUUCUCUUCUUUGGUGUCAUGUCCAUGAGCUAUGGAGUCCUGAAGGACAAGGAUCCAACCCGCCGCGUCUAGAAGCUCUGACGAUAUAUGCCGAACCCGACUUUCCAACAUUUUUGGCGACAAGUUACUCGAUUCAUUCUCUCGUUGUCUUGAUCUUCAGUCCUUAUGAGAGUUCUCUGCCGUGAUAACCCUCAAUCUCGGUUCGACCAAGUCCAUGCCUUGCUGCAUCAAGUUUCCGGCACCCUACAACAUGUCUGCUUGGACAUGAGGAUUCGAGUCCCUGCUUCUCAUUUCCUUUCUGAGUUCGACCACAUAGAUUUGUAUGCAUUCCCUAAUCUGCAAACUAUUCGUCUCAUCCUGGAUACUCCAUGCGAUGUCUUCCCAGUUUCCAAGCUCAGCCCUUCCCUUCGAGACAUCAUUUUAGAAGUAACAUAUCACCUAGAGGAAUAUGCCGAGUGGGCAGCGAUGGAGUGGUUAGCUAUCGACUCGUUUAUCGAAAGCCAGGAUUUGCCCUGUCUACAGUCUUCCAAAUUGGGAGUACACACCUCAACUAGGAAUAGUUGCCUUCCUACUUACUGUUAUUGCGACCCAGAUGA